UUGCGACAAAGUAGGAAACUAUGGCAAUUUAUUUUUAACAGUUUUAGAGCUGCACAUCUUUGCGCUGCUGGAAUAGCUUGUUUGAUCAAUCGGAUCAAAAAGCCACUGGUAACAGUUGGUGUUGACGGUUCCGUUUAUCGGUUUCAUCCCAAUUUCGGUAGAAUUAUGAAUGCAAAAAUAAGCGAACUGGUUGAAAAACAAUACAGGGUAUGUUUGUUCUCAGGUUAUGCCUGACU